GUGGGCAAAAGUUCGGGUUGGGUUUUGGGUUUUGUUAAAUCUGUGUUUCCAAUGAGAGGGAAGAAGAGAAGGGAAAGUGCAGAGUGAUCGGAGGUGGGAAUGGCGAAAACGCCGAUAGGUUGUGAACCGGUGGUGGGGUCGCUUGCACCGUCGAAGAAGAAAGAGUACAGGGUUACCAACAGGCUCCAAGAAGGCAAACGCCCCCUGUACGCCGUCGUUUUCAACUUCAUCGACUCUCGUUACUUCAACGUCUUCGCUACCGUCGGCGGCAACCGAGUGACUGUGUACCAAUGCUUGGAAGGGGGAGUCAUUGCUGUGCUACAAUCUUACAUUGAUGAAGAUAAAGAUGAAUCAUUUUAUACUGUCAGUUGGGCAUGCAAUAUUGAUGGGACCCCCUUCUUGGUUUCCGGGGGAUCGAAUGGAAUUAUCCGUGUUAUUGAUUCUGGCAAUGAGAAGAUACACAAGAGCUUUGUUGGACACGGAGACUCAAUUAAUGAAAUUAGGACGCAACCACUAAAACCAUCACUUGUUGUCUCUGCAAGCAAAGAUGAGUCUGUUCGGCUGUGGAAUGUUCACACUGGAAUAUGCAUAUUGAUAUUUGCUGGUGCUGGUGGCCAUCGCAAUGAAGUCCUCAGUGUGGACUUUCAUCCUUCUGAUAUAUAUCGCAUUGCUAGUUGUGGGAUGGAUAAUUCUGUUAAGAUCUGGUCUAUGAAAGAAUUCUGGCCUUAUGUGGAGAAAUCAUUUACUUGGACUGAUCUUCCAUCAAAGUUCCCCACAAAAUAUGUGCAGUUUCCUAUGCUCAUAGCUUCCAUCCAUACAAACUAUGUUGAUUGCACCAGGUGGCUUGGAGAUUUUAUCCUGUCAAAGAGUGUUGACAACGAGAUUGUAUUAUGGGAACCAAAAAUGAAAGAUUCCCCAGGCGAGGGUACAGUUGACAUCCUUCAGAAGUAUCCUGUCCCAGAGUGUGACAUAUGGUUCAUCAAGUUCUCGUGUGAUUUCAAAUAUAAAUCGGCUGCUAUAGGGAAUAGAGAAGGAAAGAUCUACCUUUGGGAUCUGCAAACAAGCCCUCCAACUNUUGCCCCCCCCCCCAAAUCAAUACCCUUCAUGUUUUACAUAUAAGGUGAGAUUUGUUUUCUCCUUCUUCAGGCUAUGUCACGGUCAAUCAAAAUCUACAAUCAGACAGACUGCGGUGUCUUAUGACGGGAGCACCAUUUUGAGCUGCUGUGAGGACGGAACUAUAUGGCGCUGGGACGUAGUGGCAAGCUCUUGAGAUGCCUGUCUGUCUUUAGUUGUCUGAACACUUUUGCUGCUUUGGUUCAUUAUUGUUAUGACUGUAUCUUUGAAUGGGAAAUUAGAGUGAAGUUUAUAUGAAUUAAGUCUCUUAUCAUCU